GUCAAUGAGUACUUGCAUGCAGAGACGUGCCACUGAAAGUAAAACCAAAACUUGCCAGUAGGUUGGGCUUCAGUCAGUUCCUUAGCAUCAGUUUUGGUUUGAAUUGUACUCAUAUUAAGAGAAAGCCUGAGUUGGAUGGGGAUGAUAUCUUUUCUUGUCUUGCUCAGUGUACCUUAUCCCCACAGUUUUCUGUCAUCCAUCCUCGUGCGUCCCUCUGCCAGCUAAAAAGAACCCUGGGUUGGAGCUACUACUUGUUGCAUUGGUCUCAGCAGCAACCUAGGUUUUGUUUUUGUUUUGGCUGUUUGUUUUGUUGGCUUCUAUGAGGGAAUCUGACAAAGAGCAACUGUUUGUUGUUUUAUUUUCUUUUGCGUCUUUGCCUGAGGAGCCGUGCCAAGGCCUGAUAUCCGGUACAGAAAAUGUUCCUUCUCCUGCUAAUUAUGAGCCUGGGAAUGCCGCUUCAUCAGACAGCAGCUUUAUUCACAGUGACGGUCCCAAAGGAAAUGUACACGGUAGACUAUGGUGGCAAUGUGACCUUGGAGUGUGAUUUUGACACCGGAGGUCAUGUGGAACUCGGAGAUUUAAAAGCCAGUUUGCAAAAGGUGGAAAAUGAUACAACCUUGCUCAGUGAAAGAGCCAUUUUGCUGGAGGAGCAGCUGCCCCUGGGGAAGGCCUUGUUCCACAUCCCCCAAGUCCAAGUGAGAGAUGCAGGGCAGUACCGCUGCCUGAUCAUCUAUGGGAUCGCCUGGGACUACAAGUACCUGACUCUGAAAGUCAAAGCUUCCUACAAGAAAAUAAACACUCGCAACCUUAAGGUCCCAGGGACAGAUGAGGUAGAGCUCACCUGCCAGGCUGUAGGCUAUCCCCUGGCAGAAGUAUCCUGGCCAAAUAUCAGUGUUCCUACCAACACCAGCCACACCAAGACCUCUGAAGGCCUCUACCAGGUCACUAGUGUUCUGCGCCUAAAGCCACACCCUGGCAGGAAUUUCAGCUGUGUGUUCUGGAAUGCCAAUAUGAAGGAACUCACUUCGGCCAUCAUUGACCAAGGUGAUCUGGAAUCCCCCGAGAUCCGUCCAUCUUCACUGCUUUAUAUUUUCAUCCUCUCCUUCAUCAUUGCUUUAAUGUUCAUAGCCACAAUGAUAGUCCUAAGAAAACGGCUCUGCCAAAAGUUUUAUUCUGGAAAAGGCACAACAAAAAGAUAUGUCACCACGGUAAGGAGGGAAGUGGACAGAGCUAAUGGAUUUAAUGCUUUGGAUAAUAUCCCCUGGGAAGAAGAGGGAGCCAGACAUGGAGAUACUGAUUUGAGAAAUAGGAAGAGGCUAGGUCUGGGGCCCAGUGUUUGGACAGCCAAGAAAACUUGAUUUGAAUCUGUGGCCUGAUGAGCUGGAGUGACCUGAUGGGACAUCCUCAAGAAACUUCUAGACUCUGAACAAGAAUCCCUUGGCCUGCAGAGCUUGUUGUGUGCACUUUUCAAAUGCCUUUGUGUGAGCCAGCACUUUAAUCUGGAGACUGCAGCAAGACUAGGCAGCACCUGCCAAGGUGUACUUACAGAAGUCAGGCAGCCACCCCUCCACUGAUCCGGGCUCUUACUCCUGCAGCCCGUGGCUCCAAUCACACACUACUGCAGUUUAGAAAAAGACCACACCGGAUGCUGGACCCCAGUGAGUGUCCUCAGGCUCUUUGUUGCUUCUGGACGGGAAACAAAAGGAAUUAUUUCCCCCUAAGUUUCCAAAGUGAUUUCCAGAAGCAGAGACCAGUGGAAAUUUCCAGUUACAGAAGUGGACAGAUUGCCAGUAGAGAUACUUUUAUCUGUAGUUUCCUCUGGUUACUGGACAAGCCUAUUGAGACUGUGAGCUCACAGACAGGGCUUUAUACAAAGUCAAGCCAUAAUUGACAUGUUUUAUGACUUACAGGAAUCUUGAAAGCAUCUGAGUUGUUCUAAUGAAGUAUUUAAGCAUUUAAGUACACAGAGUGGCCAACUACAAAUUGUGGAAAAAAGCCAUUGAGUAUUAUUUGUGAGGUCUGAAUCACAAAGCAUUGGUUUUAACCUGUAAUGGCACCAUAUUGAAUAGUGCUUUUUUUUUUUUUAAUUACAUCCUUCCUUCAAAAAAUUCUGUCUCCUUAACCUCAGAAGCCAAUGAUACACAUUUUAAAUUUUGGCAUGCUAAUAUGCUACUUCUGCAAAGAUUUCAGAUGAGUAGCCAUGAUGAUCAAAGCUCCAGACUAAGUCUCCUUUCCUAGCCCUCUAUAUGACUUUAAACUUAACCUUUCAGUGGCUCAGUUUCUAGGUCUGUGAUACGGUGAUACUCACAAGCUGAGGCCUUUGAUGUCAACACUAGAAAUCCUGUGAGAUCCCAUUAUGGGUGUGUCAAGGAGGAGGGUAACUGGACAUGGUGACAUCGGGCUAAUCAUGUUAAAUUUGGUCUUUGUGCUGGGACCACAAAGCUCAGGACAUUAAUUGACCCCUAAACUAUCCAAAUGUAAACAUUAUCAAGCAUAACAGAUGGAUGAGUGGGCCUGAAGCAAACUCUUUAACUGGUGUACAGACUAAUUUUAGGUUUAUGGGAAUGAAGUGGUGUGAAAGUGAGUAACACACAAAUAAUAUAACAUCUCAGUUUCUUCUAUAGACAUCAAAGAAUGCCGUUGAAGAAUAAAACUCAAUUGUUUAUUCUUCAGCGUGUUCUGAUGUCCUACUUUUGGCUAAGUGAUUUCCUCAGGGCCCAUCCAGGUCAGUAGGUUUAAUGUUCCUUCAGGCCAGUUGGCUCCCAUAGGUUUAAAAGCCUUUGAGGCACACUCGGAUGCCCUCUUCAGAAGGGCAGGGUCCCAUGGUUUGGUCUGGGGUCCCUGCUGGAGAAGCAGCACCUCCUAAGGCUGCAGAGAUCAGAGCAGGCAGGCAAGGCCUUCUCCCUGAAGAAGCAAGUCUCUCCAUCCUGGGCCCCACCUCCCCACAGAUGUGUGGCUGGCAUGCUGCAUCCUUGGGUGGUAAUAUUUAACUCUAUUAGGAACCCGGUGGCAUAAUGAUUUCUGUCAAAAUACCACCAUCUUUAGUCCUAGAUUGGGGCUAUUUUCUAAAAUACCAAAUAGGGACAGGGCUGCCUACCUCCAAUACCCCAAAAUUCAGCGUUCUUUGGGGAAGAAGACCAUUAGGCAUUGUGUCCUAGCAGGAGGAACGUUCUACACUACAGCCUACAGUCAUAAUGUCUAACAUUUACCAAGUACUUACUACAUGCCCGAUAUUGUUUAGCGUUCUAUACAUGUCAUUGGAAUGCGUUCUCUCAAAACCCUCUGAAAAAGGCACUAUUUAUGUCUCCAUUUUAAAGAUAAGGAAACUGAGGCACAGAGAAGAAAUUUGGUUAAGGCUGCCUGUUUAGUUUGGAAGGGAUAGAGCUAGGGCAGUGAAACCAUAUUCAUUAUACCCCACCAUGUGUCCUGAUUUCCUACCCGAUGGGACUUUAAGGUGGGAUUUUACUGGUUACAUACACCAUGUGGUCUUUUUUUGCUGGCCUAGGAUUAAUUUCACUCUUACUUUUUCCAAAGAGGCACUACAGGAGGGUGGGUGGAGAAGAGGCUCUGACAUGAGAGAUUCCAACUCCGACUCAACUAUAUAUGAAUCAUACAACUUUGCAUGUAUCAUUUGAUCUCUCUAACCAUCCGUUUCCUUAUCUAAAAGAUGAAUACAGUCGUCCCUUGGUAUCUGCAGGGGAUUGGCUCCAGGACCCCCUCAGAUACCAAGUCUGUGGAUGUUCAAGUCCCUUAUAUAAAAUAGUGCUGUAUUUUUGUAUAACCUAUGCACAUCCUCCCACAUAUUUUAAAUCAUCUCCAGAUUACUUAUAAUACCCAAUGAAUGUAAAUGCUUAAGUGAAUAGCUGUAAAUACAAAGUAAAUGCUAUGUAAUAGUUGCUGGUACAUGGCAAAUUCAAGUUAUGCUUUUUGGAACUUC